AUGUAUGUCAUGCUGGACAGGGAGAAGGAAUGUUGGGUUGUGUCUAGGUUAGAAUUGAGGCAUUCUCACCCCUGUUCGGCUAAGAAAGCUGUCCACUAUCAUGAGUAUAGGGAGUUGACCAUGCAUGCUAAGUGCGUCAUCACGGAUAACGACGAGGGUGGUAUAAAACCCAAAAAGACGUAUCUAGCACUGGCAAACGAGGUUGGUGGGUCUUCAAACCUGAAUUUUUCAGAAAAUGAUGUCAGAAAUUACAUCACAAGCAAUCUCCGAUGCUCCGAUGACAAUGUAGACUUCAAGAGGAUGAUGAAUUAUUUCGUUCGAAUGAAGGAGAUCAAUCCUAAUUUCUUUUAUGCCAUAGAUGUUGACGAUGCUAAUAAAUUUAGGAGCGCACUCUGGGUAGAUGCAAGGUGCAGGGCUUCGUAUGAAUAUUAUGGAGAUGUGGUGUCGUUCGACACCACUUACAGAAGAAACAGGCAUGGUCCACCACUUGCAUCCUUUGUCGGUGUAAACCACCAUGGGAAAUCUACUCUUCUUGGCUGUGCUUUACUUUGGAGUGAGGAGAUCCCUAGUUUCGAGUGGGUGUUCACACAGUGGGUGAGAUGCGUUGAGACUGUGCCAAGGGGAUCAUCACUGACCAGUGCAAGGCGAUGGCUGGUGCUAUUAGGAAGGUACGGAGAAUUGAGUGCAAUGAUGAAUCACAUUGUGUGGAAUUCUUCUUCGAGUGAAUCGUUUGAAGUUUAUUGGGUUGGUUUCAUCAAAGAAUUUGACUUACGCCAUAAUAGAUGUGCUUUGGAAGUUGUCAUCAUGUUGUGUAUAAGCGGCACUCUUAUGCUAUUUUUUUUUGGGGCAGACCUUUAUGCGAAUCGACAGAAGUGGGUUCCAAUAUUCUUCAAGAGUGAAUUUUGGGCCGGCGUGAGGAGUACACAUCGUAGUGAAAGUAUGCACGCAUUUUAUGGUGGAUUUCUGCAUUGCAAGAGUGGGUUGGUUCAGUUCGUCCAUGAAUACGACAAUGUGCUUAGAAACAAGGAGCAAAAGGAGCUUGAAGAUGACGCUGCGGACUCGAAAGAAGUCAUCCCAUGUAUAGGGAGCACUUGCAUUGAGAGACAGUUUCAGUAG